AUGGACAGAACUUGUCAAGUGUUAGUUAUUUGUUAUUUGUGUUUUAUAAUGUUUGUUGUUGUGGAUUUUGGAGACGCCAGUGACAAAAUUGUGUCGAGACAAAGAAGAUAUUUGGGAUUUAGGAAUAUUUCACAUUUUUUCGUCCGCCUUAACUUCAAGGCGAACAUGGUGCCAUGGAACCAGAUCUUCGCCCAGGCGAUAGGGUUCCGUGUAAACUGGGACGACCCCCCGGACUCCUUCUAUCCCCACCACCACGUGCACAGAAGAAGCCUGUACGAGAGAAUGGAGGUUCUGUUGGACAGGAACGGCCUCAGCGGUUUUCACUGCGUGCGGCGCGCGAUCUGUGAAGUGCAGGACAUAGAGAACCCACAGGAGAUUUAUUUUAAAAUACUAAAAAUAAUAUUCAGGCGAAUAUCUUCAGACACUGACAAAUGGCACGACCACACUACGGACGACUGCGAAAUCUCCACAAGAACUUGCCCUUUCUCCUUACUACAAGUACUGCCAUACACUGAUCUCUGA